AAGUUUGUUGUCCUCUUCGUCCAUGGCUCUAAACAAAAUUUUGCUCUUCAGUUUGACUUUUCAACUCGUCUCUCUACUACUUCGUGUUUCAUCGGAAUCUCCAUGGAUCACCGGAGAUGUGACUCAAACUCCAAUGAAGUACCUCGAACUCGCCAGGAGUCCGGAGGUAUUCGAUUCGAUGGUGAGAAUCAGAAGAAAAAUCCACGAGAAUCCUGAGCUUGGUUACGAGGAAUUCGAAACCAGUAAACUCAUUAGAUCGGAGCUGGACCUUAUCGGAGUUAAGUAUAGGUAUCCCGUAGCUAUCACCGGCGUUAUCGGUUAUAUCGGCUCCGGAGAACCACCGUUCGUCGCUCUUAGAGCUGAUAUGGAUGCUUUGCCUAUUCAGGAAGCUGUUGAGUGGGAGCAUAGAAGCAAAAUUCCUGGUAAAAUGCACGCUUGUGGACACGAUGGUCAUGUUGCUAUGCUUCUUGGUGCUGCAAAGAUACUUCAAAAACAUCGCCACGAUUUGCAGGGAACUGUGGUGCUUAUCUUUCAGCCAGCUGAGGAAGGUUUGCGAGGAGCUAAAAAGAUGAUAGAAGAAGGAGCUUUGAAGAACGUCGAAGCUAUUUUUGGAAUACAUCUUACCAACCGGAUUCCCUUUGGCAAAGUCGCUUCACGUGCAGGUCCCAUGCUGGCUGGAGCUGGAUUCUUUGAGGCUGUAAUCACUGGGAAAGGAGGUCAUGCUGCCAUCCCUCAGCAUACAAUAGAUCCUGUUGUUGCAGCUUCAAGCAUUGUCCUCAGUCUUCAACACCUGGUUUCACGUGAAACUGACCCUUUGGAUUCAAAGGUGGUCACAGUGUCUAAGGUUCUUGGUGGCAAUGCGUUUAAUGUCAUCCCUGAUUCAAUCACCAUAGGAGGAACUCUUCGAGCCUUUACCGGUUUUAGUCAGCUUCAACAGAGAAUCAAAGAGGUGAUUACCAAGCAAGCAACAGUUCAUCGAUGUAAUGCAUCUGUGAAUCUAACACCUGAUGGCAAAGAACCGUUACCACCAACAGUGAACGACAUUGACUUAUACAAGCAGUACAAGAAGGUGGUCAGAGAUCUGUUGGGUCAAGAAGCUGUUGAGGAAGCACAACCAUUGAUGGGCUCAGAGGACUUCUCAAAGUUUGCAGAAGUAAUCCCGGGCCAUUUCUCCUUCCUGGGAAUGCAGGAUGAGACCAAAGGUUAUGCGUCAUCACAUUCACCACUCUAUCGAGUUAACGAGGAUGUGCUACCGUAUGGCGCUGCAAUCCAUGCAUCGAUGGCUGUACAGUACCUCAAAGAGAAGGCUUCUAAAGGCUCUAUCUCAGGCUUCCACGACGAACUCUGAAUAUGUGAAGCUUGGUCCAGACAAAUUGGCCAUCAUCUAUGGGCUGGUUUCCUAUUUCUUGGUAACAAUCCACAGAAUUGAGUAUUAUUUGCAGAAUUCUUUGCAAACUGUCUGUCGCAUUACUUAGAUUUAAAUAAUAAAGUCAUAGCACAGGAUUUGAAAUGCAAAGAAGACUUAAAUCAAUUGGCGAAUUCUCACUUGGAAGAUAGAUUUGUGUAAGAAAUGUUGGGAAAAUGUAACUUGUAUUUCAAGUU